AGUUUACUCAUGAUGAGUAUAAUCCCUAAAGUGAUAAAAAUGAAAAGUACAUAACCAAAUACAAGACAAAAGUUUUUAAUUUUAGUAAUAAAACUUCAAAUAAGGUCAACAUAAAUAUACCCAGAUCUAGGUGGUGACAAAGUGAUAAAUAUGAAUUCCGUACGAGCACAAAUUACGAAACAGCCUCUAAAUUACUUCAAACUAAUCAACAAUGUAUUACGUAUGCAAAGAUUCGUGGCAGUUUCUCAAUUUUCUACAAUAGAUUUUGCCGAAUGUGUGACGGACGGGCCUCAACAUUACAAAAGUAGAAACAGCCUCUUUGGUCCGCCUAACAAUGCAGUACAAUAUUUUAUAGGCACGGAAGAUAAGUCUUCUGCCACCUCACUGUCUGAAGAAGAAAUUAACAACACACUACUAGAACUCAUUUAAAACAAAGAUAAACAAAUUGAAAAUGUUGUUCUUAACUGUCAUAAUAAUCGUAAAGUAAUAAACCAGGAGAUAUUAAAGAAAUUGUUUCGUCACUACAGUAUGGCGGGGAAGCCAGAAAUAGUCACAAUACUACAAAAAUAUUGUGCAAAAGUUGAUCCAAACCUAUAUAAAAGAAAUGUUGAAUUCUUACAUUAUUUAGCGAAAGCACAGUGUAUGAAAGGCAAUUCUGAGAGAGGUUUGUCAAUAUUAAAAUAUUGUUAUUUGAAGUAUGAAAACCGAAGGACUUUUUAUAGGUUACUAUUUAGAGAACUAAUACAAGAUUCAGUAUUAAAUCGUUCAGAGGCUUCCAUGGUCAUAUUUAAGAGAUACACAUUAGAGUUUAGUUCUGUGUGGAGUGAUCAUUAUCCUUUGGUAUGUUUUUGGUUUGCGUGUUGGUCGAGCUCUUGGUUCUCUGAUCAUAUGUUAUCUGAUGAAUUGUUGGAGUCUUCCGAACCUUUAUUAGAUAUCAUUAAGAACAAGGCCACAACAUUUAGUAUAACAGUUUUAAAAGAAGACUACAACGAAGAUGCAGUCAUGCGUCUCCUCCAAAUUCUUCUCAAGUACGAAAUGAUUACGGAGUAUACAAAAGUGUUGCAGUUGUUGUUCAAUUAUAAAUUAAGGAACAAAGACAUCCGAGGUUGCACAGAAAUCAUUAGGAAUUGCGAAGUCCUUGGAAUAAGCUUGCCGUCUAGUCAACAAGGCAGAUAUAUUAAGAUGUUGAUUGACGGUAAAAGUCAAGACGUCAAAGUAACUGCAGAGAAACCACAUGUGCCGAAGAACUUCAAACUUAAAUUUUAAUCGUAUGUGUAAAUAUUGUAGUUAGUGUAAAUAAAUGUUUGUUUUAAGUU